AGCUGCCUGCCAUAAAUUACUUUUAUUCUAAAAAUCUGUUCAAAAUUCUGGAAACCACAAUAAAUUUGUAUUCUUCAUAAAAUUCUUUGUUUUCAUGGGCCAACAAUUAUGGAGGAAAAUGGUGUAGAAAAUAUAGAAAGCUCGGAAACUAUAAGCCAGCCUAAAAAAAUGGAAUCCCAUCACUACAUCAGCAGCAAUUCCCUUGAAGCAGAAAAUCCUAAAAUUUUGCAACUGGACCAAAUUGUGAAUAGUACCUUAGAAAAGAUACAAUCUGUAAUCCAUUGCAGUGACUUAAACGUGGAUGACUUAAUUGACUUGAUAAUGCCCAGGGUUAAGUGCGAACUCUACUUGAACGACAAGCUCAUCAAGGACAUGACGUAUAUGAAAGAUUCCAUUGCUACUUCUAUGCAACAAAUGCAAGCGGUUGAUCAAGACAUUGCUGAUAUAUAUCUGGACUUGCAUAAUAUAUACAGAAAACUUGAACGACCUGACAAUGGCAGCCAAAGGUUGAACAGUGAAAUCAGGGCGAAGUUAUCUAGGCGCGUUCAAGAAUCCGAGGACUUGCAGAAGAGAUCUCGUCACUACCUGACAAAUGAUGCCAAGGAGUUGAGUGCCAUGCUGGUAAAGCCACCCCAGGAACCCAACAAAAGCACUUAAUAAAGAUAUAGAAAGGAAGUAAUAAAACUUGAAAAGCAUGGUUAUAUUUAUUCACGGAUUACAUUUUAAAUCAUUCGCUUAUAUCAAUGAUAAUUAAAGAAAUUAUAUAAUUAAAGUAUUGAAAAAUGAAGGCACUAAAA